CCUUCGUGUCCUCAUCAGUUCCUUGUUCCGUCUUUGUUGUGGUCGACCGAGCGGUGUCUGUUUUCCACACUAGACUGUCCGUCGUCCCACCCCAUCGGCGUUCACGUCCACUUAGCAGUGCGCAGACAUGUCCGGGUAGCUGUGGCCUCGCUUUCGGUGCCCGUCCAGAUAAAAUCUGUUUUUGACACUUCGCCACUGACGUUAGUGAGUGACCAACACACUGGCAACAUUAGACAUGGACGAGUCCAGUUGUAAAAGACAAGCCACAAGGGUAUUCAAAAAGAGUUCUCCUAAUAGCAAGAUCACCGUUUAUCUUGGGAAAAGGGACUUUGUAGACCACAUAACACAUGUUGACCCCAUAGAUGGAGUUGUUUUAAUCGACCCCGACUAUGUCAAAGACCGAAAAGUGUUUGGCCACGUAUUGGCCGCCUUCAGGUAUGGACGUGAGGAUUUGGACGUCCUGGGCCUCACCUUCCGCAAAGACCUUUAUCUAGCCGCUGAGCAAAUUUUCCCUGUGCCAGAGUCUGUCAGCAAACAGCCCUUGACCAGACUUCAGGAACGGUUGAUAAAGAAGUUAGGACCAAAUGCUUUCCCUUUUUAUUUUGAACUGCCUCCUCACUGCCCUGCCUCAGUCACUCUCCAACCGGCACCCGGUGACACUGGAAAACCUUGCGGAGUCGACUAUGAACUCAAAGCGUUUGUGGGAGAAACUCAAGAUGACAAGCCGCACAAAAGGAAUUCCGUUCGACUGGCAAUACGCAAGAUAAUGUAUGCGCCAAGCAAACAGGGUGAGCAGCCUUCGGUAGAAGUAAGCAAAGACUUCAUGAUGAGUCCCAAUAAACUUCACUUAGAGGCUUCGUUGGACAAAGAGUUAUACCAUCACGGGGAGGAUAUAGCUGUAAAUGUUCACAUUGCAAACAACAGCAACAGAUCUGUGAAAAAAAUUAAAGUGACUGUUCGCCAGUUUGCAGACAUAUGUCUAUUUUCGACAGCGCAGUAUAAGUGUACAGUGGCUGAAAUCGAAAGCGAGGAGGGGUGUCCAGUUGGGCCUGGGUUUACCUUGAGCAAGGUUUUCUCCCUUACACCCUUGCUGGCCAACAAUAAAGACAAGUGGGGGCUGGCUCUAGACGGUCAGCUGAAGCACGAGGACACAAACUUGGCCUCGAGCACUCUCAUCAGCGAAACUUCUCAGCGAGAAAAUCUUGGCAUUAUUGUACAGUAUAAAGUCAAAGUUAAGCUCUGCCUUGGAGCACUUGGCGGAGAUCUUGUGGCUGAAUUACCGUUUAUUCUAAUGCACCCAAAGCCAGAGGAAGAGUCCUUGCCAGUUUUAAGUUCAAGUCCGUCCCACAUGGCAGAUGCUUCUGAUGGACAGAAAACUGAUCCUGCUGUGGACAACCUCAUCCAACUUGACUCUGAGGGCAUUCGACCAGAUCCAGAUGACGACAUAAUCUUUGAGGACUUUGCUCGACUGAGGUUAAAAGGGGGAGAAACGGAGGCUUGAAUAAUGUGCCUCAGGCAAAUUCAAAAAAGGUUUUUAUGAAGAUGAUAAAUUAUAUAAUUAUUACUAAAAACUUAGUGCCUGAUUUUUCUGACAAAUUGUUUUCAAUUAUUCACCAAGUACAAAAUUUGUAGCAAAACCUUACAUUGGCAAAAUAAUUUUUGCACCCCGUGUUUCACAAUAAAGCUUUUUUAUUCUUGUGGCUAAAUGAUUUGCCAGAUUAGAAACACGGUGUUUUCACCCAGGAUUUACAGCAAUAAUGUUAAAAUGAGAUAACCACUUGCAAACUCCUUUUACUUGCUUGGUGAAUACUUUAAAAUAAGUUUGUGAGAGAACACGGGCAUUAAAAAAUAAAAAUGGCUUCAGAAUAGCAGAUGGGGCUUCAUAAAGAAACGCUCCACUCUGCAAUUUUAUUUGUGUACUUGCAGAAAUUGAAAUAUUUUGAUUAAUUUCUGCACUAAAAUAACUGAUGUAAGCCGAUGUGAUUGUGCAUUUUUCAUAAUAACUAUUACUGUCGCAUUCACUAAUGUGAACGAACAGCAUUUACUAUACCAUUUUCUUAUGUGUUUUUGAUCAAUCCGAAUCUCGAGAAAUGUUUUCACAGCACAACUGCAAGCUGGUUCCAAUCAAAAUCAGACGCUCAAAUGCAAUAAUUAUUUUUCUCCUCGCAUGCAUGACACACGGUCAUUGGUUCCAGUAUGUUUUCUGAGCUAAUUUUGCUCGCCUCAAAUAUUUUAACUGACUCGCGCCAUACUUUUGCACAAGUGUUUUCCUUGAAUUACCAAAAUUUCUAUUUUGUGAUUACGAACCAUUUGUAUCUAAGGUUUAAGUUAUGCCAUUAUAAGCUCAUGGGCUAAAAAUAUGCUUUUUAUGUGCAAGGAUGCUGGAUAACGGUGUGCCCUUUUGGUACCAAAUAAGAUGUGAUUUUGAUGGGUGAACUGGUACCUUUGUUUUGGUGUAAAGGAGAAGCAAAGAUCCAGCUCCUAGUGCUUUUCAUAAUAUAUAAUUAUGCUUGAAAUUAAGUAAUCCUAUUUAAUGUUAUUACAAAAAAAUAAUAAUGCAAAACCUGUUUUCUCCCAACCGACAUCUUUGGGGCAAGGAUCUAAAAUCUACAGAGCUCAAAAUUCGUGUGGAUACUUUUCUCCAUUUAAUGUUUUUUUUUUUUUUUUAAAUUUCUAUCAGUAUUUAUGUAUUUAAUGGCGUUUUCAAUAUUAAUAUAUGGAUAACAUAAAAAAAAAUUAUAAUUAAAUUGUGAAGUGUCCUCUAGAUUUUAAAAUUGAUAUAAAUCUUCUUUUACUUUCCGAUACAGCCUCUUGGCAAAAUGUGAUGGUCAUUGUUAAUAACACCUUUGCCUAUACAGCAAGAUUUGGUUAGGCGAAACACACUAAUACUACAAUAGCUGCAUCUCAAUUGCUUUCCGACACAUUUACUUUGCAAAAUAUAUGUACAUAUUUUUGCUGCGCUGUAUUUUGUGUGAGGGUCAAACGCAAAAAAAAAAAUUAUUUAAUUGUACUCUCGUCAAAAUUUUAGUGAAGAGAGUAAUAAUUCAUAAAGUUGGAUGCCAUUUGUUUGCGCUAAAGUCAGUUUAACUGCAAAGCUGUACUGGCAACAAUAUAAAAUAUGCAUUUCCCACUUCUUAAUUAUAUUUAUAUUUCUAAUUUUAUUGAUAUUUAGGCAUACCUGGCCACCUUUAAAUAACUAAGUUACAAUUUAUCUAUGAAUCUGAUGAACAGACAGUUGUUCUUUAAGUGAAAUUUAAGAGGAAAACGAUGUAGCAAAAAGUUAAAUCAAUAAGGAAUUAUGUAUAGCUGCGUAAAAUUAACUACACAUCAGUGAAGCUUCAACAGUCCAAAAUAAUCGAUAAUGUGUUAUUAUCAAUCAAUUUUUAUUAAAAUCUAUGUUAUGCAAUCUUUACGUAGAGCUUAAAGAACAAACACGAUAAAAAAAUUGGCAAUCUAAAAUAUGUGGUAUUAAUUAAGUUUUCCAAAACAGUCAAGAUGAAUAAUUUCUUAUGUAAAAAAAUAUUGCUGGUGUGCUCUUUACAAAGUUGUUGGUGUCUGUUCGUCAAAUUCAUAUAAACAAUUAAAAACUCUUGAUGCUGCACAAAACAACCUCCUCAAGACUAUAGAGACUAUUGCAUGUUAUAUAUGUAUGUAUGCCAUCAAAAUCAUUUUGAGCUCAUUAAAAUGCAUUGUAUAUUCCUGCAUCAUUAUUUUUUGUGUGAGGAAUAAACUCGUGACCUCAAUGUUA